CCCGCCUCCCCCUCUGCUCGACUCAAUUGCGUGCACCCUCGCCUGUCCCAGCGUCCCCGCCCCUGUCUCCUGAAGUCGUCCGCGACCGCCGCCAUGCUCCCCUCGCCCCGUGCCGCGUCCGUCGUGACAGGGAUCCGAGAACACCCCAUGGAUGUGUCUGGGAUUCGAGGCCUCCCCCCUCCCUUCCCCUCCCCCACCCCCAUCGGCGAUGCCUGGAUCCGCGACCGCCACCGUCCAACCCCGGCCUCCGUCUAUGACCGCUCCGUCGUGGCGCAAGCGCUGGAGGCAUCCACAGGGGGCUACUGAUGGCUGGGACGGGUUCGUGCUCACCACCGAUGACUGGGACGUCCAUCGGGGGACCUUCCUAGCGUGGAUGGUGUCUUCACAAGGAAACGGCAGCUCGCUGGUGCUGCUGAACACCCGUCCGGGUCCGGCUGCGGACAGCGCAGGCAUGGCAGAGCACCUGAAGCUGCACCUGGGGCAGGUGAGCCUACGGACCUGGUCGAGUUCCGCUGGCUGCUGGGUGGCCCGCUGGACCUUCCCGUCCGACUACAGAUCCAGCGCCUUCUUCUGCGACCGUUUUGGCGUUUGCACGAGCACCGGCACGUGUGCCUGCGUCGACGAAUUCGAGCCUUCGAAACCCUGCGAGUGGCAGCGCGGGUACUUUGUGGACGGGUGCACCACCAGGUCUCACCCGCUGAGCUGCACCGCAGACGAUAGUGGCCGCCGCCCGACGACGGAGCAGGACGACUCGUUCCUGCUCCUGGACAACCUGCGAGGGCUCCCUUACAGUUCCAUCCCCCAGCGGAGGGCCACGGCUGGCCGCGCUUCUUCACGGCGGCCGCGGCGUGGGGAGGCAUCAGCUGGAUCUGGUGGUGGAUGAAGAGCGGAGGGGCCCGACGCCGCGUCCUCUGCUCCUCGCCGCUUGACUGUCUCGCUUUCUACAACAACAUUAUUGCCAAGAACAUUUUUGAUGAUGUACUGCAUUCCAUAGCAGCAUUAUUGUCCGUAGCAGAUGAUGGCAAUUCGCUGCUAGCACUAGCUGAAGCUUCCUUAACUUGAGCGGGAAUAUCAAUCUUAACUGAAGGUCUGAUUGCUCGAAUUGGAGCUGCCAGUGAUUCCUUUGGGCCUUGGGUUUGCGCAUCCUUCAUCUAAACUGGGAUCACAGAUGGAACUGCUUCCUUCCUUGAUUGAUCUUGCAUGCCCGUGUGCGCCGUGGAGGGCAGGCCGGAGUCUUGGACGAUGCUGGCCGUGGCAGCCGUCGACAUGGAAGCCCGUAGGCAGUUGCCGGUGCCACUGCCAGUGCGACACGGAUCACGCAAUGCCUCCCACCAUGCUCGCGCCGGUGCCCACCAGGCCGCGCUCCAACCCCUUCCGCCGGCGCAGAGGAGCUGCUCCGCUGCUUCUCGAUCAGACUUCGGCGAAGCGGCCCGCUGAGUCGUCCACCUCAGCCUCAUCCUGCUUCUACAGUGAGGUGAUCUCCAACUCCUCCACAUCCCUCGCCCCGUAUCAGCGCCUGGAGAAGAGGCAUCGACGCCAGGACACAGACGCGGGCGAGGCGCGGCCGGCUGGCUCCGAGUGCUCGGAGGUGAUCGGCGGCGCGAGGGUGCGCCCCGCCGAGGUCGAGGUCUCCGAAUCGUCCUGCCCUGUCUCCGUGCUCGAGUCCGACCUCGCCUGCCCGAAGCAGCUCGCCGACGACGCUGAGGCGAUCGAGAAAUCCUCCGCGUGCGAUGAGCUGACCCCGUCGUCGGAGCCCGAUGAGGAGGAGGUGCUCAGUGAUCCCAGCCACUCGGGGUACUCCCCCAGUCCCCUGAUCAGCUCCCCAUUGACCGAAGAUGACAGCGACGACGCGCCCUCUGCGACCUUCUCCCUCUUUCUCGACUUCGCCAAGCAGUUCGUCCCCUGCUUGCACCCCAAACCGUGCACCGUCACCAGUUCCACUCUCGAUCUCCUGACGGGGAGGCGGUUUGAGGACUUGGACGACGAGGAGAGCUACGAGCGCUUCCGGCGGCGCGAGCGACGCGAGGCAGUUGCGCGCGACUUCACUGAGGUGUGCAGCUCCACCUCCAUACCCGACAGCUACCGCCCUCUCGUCGUGGAGCAACGUGUCAUCAUGGUGAACUGGAUCAUCCAGCAUUCACGUCUGAUGAAGCUCCAGCCAGUUACAAUGUUCAUGGGAAUUGGAUUGAUGGACCGCUUCUUGACACAAGGGUAUAUGAAGGGUUUGAGAAACCUUCAGUUGUUGGGCAUUGCCUGCAUCACCUUGGCUACACGCAUCGAAGAGAACCAGUCAUACAAUUGCGUUCUUCGAAAGACUUUUCAAGUUGGGAUCAAUAUCUACAGCCAGAGUGAGGUUGUUGCCAUGGAGUGGCUGGUUCAGGAGGUCCUCAACUUCAAGUGUUUUGUCACAACAACCCAUCAUUUCCUAUGGUUCUAUCUGAAGGCUGCAAAUGCUGAUGACAGGGUAGCGGACCUGGCAAACUACCUGGCCUUCAUCUCACUUCGGAACCAUGAGCAGCUCUCCUUCUGGCCCUCGACUGUGGCAGCUGCAGUGGUAGUUCUUGCUUGCCUUGCCACAAACAAGGAGUCCUCAUGCCAUUUGGUGACGGAGGUGAACACCCAGACUCACAUCAGGACGCAGGAUGAUGAUCUACCAGAAUGCCUAAUGAGCCUCGAGUGGCUGAUCAAGUACGUCUCGUGAUACCCAGAGCUCCCAGCUUUCUGAUUAGGAGCACGACAAGGACGAGGAAUUUGGUAUUGAGCUUGGCCUUUAGGAAUAACUGAACUUCUGUAUCGGGGGAUGUCUAUCUUUACAUCGGUUAGUCGCUCUUUUUAGAAGGACGGCUAAGGCUGGGCGUUGUUGUACUCGUUGAUCUAUUUGUUUAACCAAUGUAUUGCUGAUGGAUGAUAUACCACUGAAAUCUGUUGUUCUGGUGUGACAA